AUGGUGUCGGAUUUCGCUGCGGGGGAUAUCGUGACCCUCACAAAGACAGUCUGGGACCUCUACCACAGCUGCUACCUCGUGGCCAGGGAUGCUCCCGACGGAUUUCGAAAGCUUGUUGACGAACUUGCAUCUCUACAAGGCGUCCUCUGUACGCUACGAGAUGAUGUCCAGUCGAAUACCAUGUUCUUUGAAGAUCUAGGAAUCGAUCGCAAGAGUACCUUGCAACGAUGUCUGACCGGCUGCUUCAAGACCCUGCAGCGCCUCAAGGGCCUGAUCACACGAUAUAGGAACAUGGGUGUCGGCGACGGCACGCAGUUCUGGCAGAAGGUUAAAUGGGCGACGCAACGGUGCCAGAUCGAUGAACUCAAAUCAAAGAUCAUGGUCCACGCGUGCAACCUUAGUCUGUGUAUGAGCUCCAUAGGCAAUUCGUCCUUAGAAAGGAUCGAAAAGUCUAUGAUGAAUGCGCUAGACCAAGACCGCGUUAUUUCUGCCUCCGAGGCUCCUCCGCAGGUUGAAGAGCAGCUUCCAUCCUCAACAAUGAGGCGAUCUGGCUCUAUUCACAGCGAUGAGGGGAUUGAAAUUGAUCUGAAAUCUGUCAACUACACAACAUGCAACCCCCCCACCACUUUGACAAUGCGCUCUCGCAGUUCGACCUCUUCCGGCUCCCUUACGUCGACUCUUUCCGAUAGCUCUGGCUGUACCGGAUCUUCAAAGUCGCAGUCGGUUCACUCAACAAAACCGUCUUUGAAGCGAAGCAGAACCGGAACAAGCUCGAGCUUUUCAUUUUCAACGCACGAUACAGGCCUGUUCGAGGCUCGCACUUUGGAAUCUGGGAGCAUGGAAUUUUAUCAAACACCUCAGGAUACCUUCGUGUCCGAGAUCUAUGAGCCUUCUCUGACCAAGAGCCCCGAUCAAUCCGCCGUCAUGGAUGCCGUCUCGCAUGCGAUGCAGCAGCUUCAGCAAAUUCGACUGCGUGAUCAACUGCAUCGACCGCUUCGCUACGAGCCGCGCGACAAGUUUCACCAACCUUCUGAUGAGCUGGUCAUGAAGUUUGAUAGCUUAGCCCAUGAUGAGCUGAAGGUUCGCAGACUCAAUACGAAUGAUUGGCUUCGUAUUGCUGUUUGGUGGUUGUUAAAGGCGCGGACUACGCUGGCAAACUGUGAAAAACCCUGUCUUACCAAUUCCAGAGGCAGUGUCAGCCCUCCGAUUGAAUCAGAAACUACCAGCCAUCAAGCAUACGUCGACCUUUUGAAGGCCGACUACAUCCUGUACGACAUAGUUCUGGUAGAUGACACCUGUGAAGCAGUCUUGUCCGAUGAAAAUAGGAAGCUUAUCUUUGAUCUGUCCGAGGUACCUUUCACAUCUCCCGAGACCUCAUUCUGCAUCAUCCUAACACACAAACAGGGAAUCAAGAGCGAAUUCUCGCAGUUCACCUCCGUCGAUAUUCCCGAGUAUUCGACCAUCUAUUCCCAGAAUCUCGAUAUAUGGGAGCCCUUGCAGCCUGAAGAAGGGCUAGGGAAUGAUGGUUAUACUCUACUCGGGUUGGAAAAUGUGCGAUGGAUUGCGGUAGAUCAAGAUGACGCCGGGAAUGAAGAGGAGAAGGUUCUCUUCCGAACAUUUGUUAAUGCCGGCAUCGGGAGCAAAAGACUUCGCAUGCGCACCAAAGGUGCUCCGUACAUGCUAUUGCUGUCGACGAGGGAUGGUGAAAGCGAGCCAAAAAUAACACUUUUUAACCAGAGUGGCACUCUCUGCUUACAGCGAGAUUUCGUCCCCGACGAUGUAGCUCAGCUUGUACGGAUCUCUCAGGCAUCCAUCAAUGGUGUCCCGGGUGCGAGGGUAUCAGAGCCCGUGAUCCUGAAAUUCGAGUCACGGAGUGUCUCCAUAUCCUUCCAGUACAUGGCAGAUCUCAUGCAGUUUAUUGGCCUGCCAAGGGCCUACUUCGACGCGGUUUGGCAGCGAGAGCCCAUCGACUCGCCCGAGUUUUCAGAGGCUGUCCUCUUCAAGAGCUCGCUGGAACUGUUUGAGCAACUCAAAGCUGCCACUAUGAAACCCAUGAAUCCCCCUAUGGUCCAUGGAUCAUGCGAAGUACGUAUCUUGGAGCGUUCCUUCGGCAAAGCCUGGCGAUCGGUUCGACGACUCGUCAUCAGCUCCUCGGCGGCGGAGAAGAACCCACGGUGCAUGGAGCUCUUCCUGCCCCUGAGCCGUGUUCAGGUCUGUCGAGUGCAGGACUCGCGCCAGGUGCUGAUCAAAUGGUCAGACACCCGCCAGGAAAGGUCCACCAAGACGGACGGCAGCUACCAUCCGAUUUUCUCAUACGUCUACGAUCCCAACAGUCCCAAUGUCGGGCUGAGCUUGCAUUUCCGGACCCAGCAGCAGGCCGAGCAAUUCGAGAGGGUCGUCUUGACUGUGUCGCUCAAGCCCAUCUUCUGGUGGUCUCAGGCCGGUACUCCCGGGCAAGUGUACGACGUGGUGGACCACACCAUCGACCAAAAGCAGUACAAAGCGGUUUCGGUCCUUCACACUCGGCUGUCCUGGAAGUACACCAAUCUGUACUAUCUCUAUCGCGACGCAGAUUAUGCCUACGAGCAUGCGAAUCGCCGCGUCCAUUUCCCCCGCUUGUUCUCCGCUGAUUACGUCUCCUCGCACGUGGACAAGCUUUACCAGCCCGACCGACCGGUGCAUUUCUCUCACUGCGAAAAGCGCAUGGGAAAUUUCACGGUCGUGUUCAAGGAGGAGCAAUCUCUUCGCGGAUUCAUGACCGCACUCGCAUCGGCAUACGAGCUUGCAUUCUCCCGUCGCGCCGUCUCCCUGACCACAAAAGGGAAGAGCCUGUUUGGAUCGAAACGGUCCAGCAAAGGCGAUACAGAGGUCCAGCUCUGGAGGAAAGGGAAUACCAUUCAAUUUGCCUCGCGCUGGAACAACCGGGUCACGGAUAAAUGGCUCACGAUGUCCGUGUUGCCGGGGACUCUUCCGUCAUCGGAUGGCAACCGAGUAGUUUUCCCUGCCGUUACUUAUUCGCGAGGAACGGUUUUGAAUAUGGCUACAAUCAUGGCGGGGGCACCGAAGGAUCCAAAUAAGUUGAGGAUGAAUGGGCCUAUCGCUGUCAUGUUUCCAACCGUUGAAGAUCGAGAAGAGUUUGUGGAUAUUCUGAACGGCAUGUCGAUUUGA